AAUGCUUCGCCAACUGUCAAAAUUAGUUCCCGGGUUUGCUGCACGACUACCUGCUUGUACGGGAAACGGAAUUCCGCCAACAUCCUGCAUUCAGCUGCGGACAACGUUACUCGUCAGUAAACUUUCCAUCUCAAAACAUAUCAAACGAAGAUUGACAACCCUCCAAAUGGCUACCGAUGCUCAGAAUUUGAAACGCUUCAAAGAGGACGACACCCGCCAACUGACGAUCGGAACGCACGACGGUAUAUUCCAUUGCGAUGAAGUGCUGGCGUGCUUCAUGCUACAGCAACUACCCCAAUAUGCCGACGCCAAGAUAACGAGAACCAGGGAUCAGAAGGUGCUGGAUCAGUGUGAUAUCGUGGUAGAUGUCGGAGCUGUAUUUGACCGGGAGAAGAAUCGGUUUGAUCAUCAUCAGGCAAGCUUCAAGGACACGUUAAACAUUUUAAGGCCGGAGAUAAAGGUCAAACGAGACAUUCGUUUAAGUUCCGCCGGUUUGAUAUACACCUAUUUCGGAGAGGACGUGAUCCGGCGGGUUCUGACGGCGAAUGAAAUUCAUAAUGAGAAUGACGAGAUGAUUCGAGGAGUGUAUCGGAAAUUGUACGACACUCUGAUAGCUGAGAUCGAUGCCAUCGAUAACGGAGUGCCCAUGUUUGAUGGGGAGCCAACCUAUUCCAUCAACACGCAUCUGAGCGCCCGCGUCAGUCACUUCAACCCGGCAUGGAAUGAGGAUGCUGGAGACGAUACAGACGCCAUGAAGCGCUUCGAGAAGGCGAAGGCUUACGUUGGAAAAGAGUUCAUCGACAAGGUUUUAUAUUACGCCGUUAGAUGGUGGCCAGCUAGGGAACUGGUUGAAAAUGCAGUCAAGAGAAGAAUGGACGUGCACUCUUCAGGAGAAAUUUUGGAAUUGGAAAACUUUUGUCCGUGGAAAGAGCAUUUGUAUGAACUGGAAGAAACGUACGAUAUUUCCGGAGUGCCGAAGUACGUUAUUUACUACAACAAAGAAAACGAUUGGCGAGUGAUUUGCGUUCCUCUUCAACCGGCCAGUUUUGUAUGUAGGAAGUUUUUGGCAGCUCCAUGGCGUGGAAUUCGCGAUUCAGAGCUAGAAAAGACAUCUGGCGUGGAAGGAGCCACAUUCUGCCACCAAACAGGAUUCAUUGGGGGAAACAAAACUAGAGAAGGUGUUCUAAGAAUGGCCGUUGCAAGUUUAGAAGCAACAGAUUAGACUAAUUUGAAAUCAUGGAUAUAUUUUAGGUGAGAUGCAUUUGAGAAAAUUAAAUGAUUUGAAAUAUA